UAAGAAAAAAAAUGGCCUUCGCUGGUGUCCUCAAUGAUGCUGAUAUGAAAGCAGCUCUGACUGGUUGUGCAGCCGCCGACUCCUUCAACUACAAGAGCUUCUUCAAGGCAUGCGGCCUGGCCGGCAAGUCCUCAGAUGACGUGAAGAAGGCCUUCCAGAUCAUUGAUCAGGACAACAGUGGCUUUAUUGAGGAGGAUGAGCUUAAGCUGUUCCUACAGAACUUCUCCGCAUCUGCGAGGGCACUCACCGAUAAGGAGACCAAGGCCUUCCUCGCCGCCGGUGACAGCGAUGGCGACGGCAAGAUCGGAAUUGAGGAGUUCGCGGUCCUUGUUAAGGCAUGAGUUCCCCGCUGACCGAGAUCCUCUCGAUUCCACGGAAUUGCGGCACAAAAACAACAACAAAAAAACAACCUUUGCAGGAUUCAGAGCAAUCAUCAGCUGAAAGAAUAUUUUUUAUACCUUAUUUAUGAGUUGCCUGCGGACUAUUUCUCAACAUUAAGCACAUCUUUUCAACCUGUUGCUAUUCUCACGUGUGUUUGAUGUUCUGAAUCUUGUGCAAGUUGUACACCCAUCUGCACUUUUUUUUUUUUUAAAUUGAGGCAGAGUGAAAAACCAGGAAUAAAUACUCUUUUGGUGUAAAAGUCAAACCCUUUUUGGACACUUCUUUGUGUUUGCAUCAGUGACGUGCGGUGAGGUUUAUGGCUGGUGAGGCACUGACUUCAUCACAGUCAGAUUUACAAACAUAUGAACCCUAAAGAGUAUCUUAUUCACCAUUUGAUUAGCAGCAGUUAACGGGUUAUGUUUAAAAGCUCAUACCAGCAUUCUUUACACAUACAAACUGUAGCACACAAAA